CAGAACAAUAGGAGACAGCAGGAGACAGGCAUCAGACUGGAGACGGAGAGAGAGGAGCAGCGGCUGAUGUCAGAGCGCACACACCUCCCCCCUCCUCCACACAGCCAGAAGGAAGACUCCUUGGGUACAGGGAGGGUGGAUGCAGCAGAGGCAGCCUGGGGAUCCCUGUCCCUCCUUAUCCAUGCUGCUGCAACCCAGCCUCGGAAAAGAAUGUCUUUAAAACCACAGAAGUAAAGUGUCCGCUCACCAUGUCGUCAACCGUAACGUCGCAGUCAGCUGACCCCGCUCUUCCAAACAUGGUCUCCCAAGAAUUCUGGAGGUCACAGGUGUGUGGCUACACUUCAUCCGUAACGGGUCAUAUCAGCCAUCGUGCCAACAAUUUCAAAAGACAUCCAAAGAGAAGAAAACGAAUCCGCCCGUCACCUCCUCCGCCCCCAAACACCCCGUGCCCGCUUGAUCUGAUUGAUUUUGUGGACCUUCAUCCUCGAAGAUCUUUUACAGAACUCAUGUUUAAUGGGUGCAUAUUAUUCGGAAUAGAGUUCUGUUAUGCAAUGGAAACGGCUUACGUCACCCCGGUUCUACUCCAAAUGGGUCUUCCGGAUGAGUUCUAUAGUAUGGUGUGGUUUAUCAGCCCUAUUUUGGGUUUUCUGCUCCAGCCAUUACUGGGCGCAUGGAGCGACACCUGCACAUCCAGAUUCGGAAGGAGGAGGCCGUUCAUCCUUGUCCUUGCCAUAGGCGCCUUAUUUGGCCUCACCCUUCUGCUGAAUGGAAGAGACAUAGGACUAUCUGCGUCGGAUACUCUUAGCAAUCAUAAAUGGGGUCUCAUUCUUACAAUCUGCGGUGUGGUUCUCAUGGAUUUCAGCGCAGACUCUGCAGAUAAUCCCAGCCAUGCCUACAUGAUGGACGUGUGCACACCAGAGGAUCAAGACAGGGGACUCAACAUUCAUGCUCUGCUAGGAGGACUUGGCGGUGGCUUUGGCUAUGUCGUUGGUGGCAUAAACUGGAACAAGACAAGUUUUGGGAAAGCAAUGGGAGGACAGUUACGAGUCAUCUAUAUCUUCACGUCAAUAACACUGUCCAUCACUACCAUCCUAACAUUGAUCAGCAUUCCCGAGAGACCUCUCCAAUACUUUAACAAAAAGAAAGUGGUGAUGAAAAGCCCUAGUCUCCCGUUGCCCCCAUCACCACCAGUUUUCUUUGAAGAACAUGAAAAUCAAAGUGCACCUUCACAAAACUCAAACCACUCGUAUGCAACCUUCACCAGCCCCAUCUCUCCCCUCAGUCCACUCACACCAAAGUAUGGCAGUUUGAUCAGCCGAGACAAUUCUUUAACAGGGAUUAACGAGUUUGCUUCCUCUUUUGGAACCACCAAUAUUGAUAGUGUUCUUAUUGACUGCUUUACCGGAGGACACGAGGGUUUCUCUUCGACCUCCGGUAGCUUGCCGAGACAAGCAAGUAGUCUUCCCCGAGUUCCUGAAAGUUUGUACUGCAGUGGAAACAGAAGCCUGGACUCUGUAGACAACUUAAGUCCUGGCACAGAGCGAGGUAACUUAAGAGUUGGGUCACUUGACGCACCAAAGCCUAGAUCUUCAGGAAUAUUGAAAAGGCCGCAGACAUUAGCUAUCCCGGAUAUAGUGACAGGAACAUGCCCUGAGAGCAGCCGGAGGCGAAAUGUGACAUUCAGUCAACAGGUGGCUAAUAUAUUGCUGAAUGGCGUAAAGUACGAAAGUGAACUUAAUGGAUCGAUGGAGAUAUCCCAGCGGCCACUUUCGAUGAAACUUCUGUGUUCAUCCAUCUGCCACAUCCCUAAGGCGCUGCGUAACCUGUGCAUCAACCACUUCUUAGGAUGGCUGUCAUUUGAAGGAAUGCUGCUAUUUUAUACUGACUUCAUGGGCGAAGUGAUUUUUCAAGGGGAUCCAAAGGCCCCUCACAAUUCCGAGGAAUAUCAUAAAUACAAUGCAGGAGUUACUGUGGGAUGCUGGGGGAUGUGUAUAUAUGCUUUCAGUGCUGCUUUCUACUCGGCCAUACUGGAAAAACUGGAAGAAUAUUUCAGCACCCGCACACUGUACUUUAUCGCAUAUCUGGCGUUUGGCCUGGGCACUGGUCUAGCAACAUUGACUAGCAAUAUAUAUAUAAUCCUGUCCCUCUGCGUCACACAUGGCGUCCUGUUCUCUACACUCUGCAUCCUGCCGUACUCACUCCUCUGCGAUUACUACCAGAAUAAAAAGUUUGUAGGUUCGAGUUCUGAUGGAACUAAGCGUGGUAUGGGCGUGGACAUCUCGCUGCUGAGCUGCCAGUAUUUUCUUGCACAGAUUCUCGUAUCGAUUGUGAUGGGACCUUUGACAUCAAUGGUUGGCAGUGCCAAUGGAGUAAUGUACUUUUCCAGCCUCAUGUCAUUUGUUGGCUGUUUCUACUCCUCCUUAUUUGUCAUCUAUGACAUUCCACCAAGUGGAGAUCUCGAGGAUGAGGAACAACCACUUUUGCUUAAUAUCUGAUGAACAGUUUACAACAGUGACUUUGUUUUAAAAGAAACCCCUUUGAUGGAUAUUGAGCUGCUCUUGGGUGAUUUUGCCCCAGUGUCCUACUAAAACCGUAACAAAAUAUGAAUUAGUGAUAAAAUAGUGCGAAAUAAAGCAUUAUCAAUGUCACAACA